AAUUUGCUCUAAAACAUAUACUUAGAAUAGCUGCUUCAUAAAUUAUAGCUAUUGUGUCAUGAAUUGGAAACCAGUUUAUAUUAACUGAUAUUUGUUGACAUGUUAAUAAAGGAUUACUUGACUUGACUUGACUUGAUAUACCUGCUACAAUAUAAACUGCAAAUUCCAGCUCGAACACAAAUAACGUGUCAAAUGCAAUGGGUUCGUAAUCUCGUAUUGCCAUCGGUAUAUGCAUUACAUAUUUUUAUUGACACCAAGUGGUUUAAUGACCCACGUCUGUGAUAAGCAAAAUUUGAACAUGCGUCAAUGCCAUAAAAGAAUUUCAGAUGGCCAGCUUAAAAGGUUUGAUAAAACCUCCAGUCCAAUAAAAAGGUUUGAUAAUCUCCAGAUGUCAUGUAUUUAUCUAAUCCAAUCCAUUAAAGGGAUUAUAAUUCCAAUGACAAAUUCCAACUUGUUGCAUAAAUUUCACGUUACUUAACACCACGCAGUCAUUUAUGUACAACACAAGGCCUACAGAGAAAAACAUUUAGUUAUUGCUUACAACUCUGCUGGAAUAUCCUCAAGUUCCUAAAAUAAGUUACUGUAGUAAGAUGCAAUUCUUAAAAUUAUUACCUGUUUUUCUCCUACUUCUCUUUUUUGACCAAAAUACUCUCGCUGCGGAGUUUGAGUACGAAAAUUGCAUGGAAAACAAUCCACCGGAGGACGAAGACUUUGACUUUAUUGUGGUUGGAGCAGGUGCAACCGGCGCUGUGGUAGCUAAUCGACUUUCAGAAAGCGGAAAUUAUUCUGUUCUUUUACUCGAGGCGGGAGGUCCACCCCACUGGUCAACAGAAAUUCCUCGCAGAGCCGAAGAAACCUGUGAUCAGUCACAAUGGGAUUGGAAUUUCUUGUCAACGCCCCAAAGUAAGGCAGGAUUCGGUUUUCCAAAUAAUCGGAUAAAACUCUACCGAGGGAAAAUGCUCGGGGGAUCAUCCAGCCACAAUGGGAUGUACUACAUCCGCGGAAACUCUAGGGAUUAUGACAAGUGGGCAGAACUUGUCCAAGAUGACCGCUGGAAUUUUACAAACGUACUUCCGUAUCUCAAGAAAAUUGAGACGUAUUACGGUUCCUAUUAUACAAACUCAGAUUACCGCGGUGGCACCGGCCCAUUGCAAAUCACCGAGCAAAACUUCCGCCCUUUAAACGACGAGUGGUUAGCGGCCGGAGCAGAAUUCGGGUUUCCAAUCAACCAGGAUCAAAAUGCGGACCAGGUAGCGUCUUUCUUUCCCAGUCAGGUCAACAUUGAUCAGCAAGGGCGGCGAAGUUCGGCGUAUGAAGGGUACCUCGCACCGGCGCGGGAUCGUACAAAUUUGAAAAUUUUGUGCAACGCUUAUGUCACCAAGGUAAACUUUGCCGACGGGGAGGAUAAAAGGGUUGAGGGCGUCACAUUUAUCCGGCAUUGGUCUGAGGUGACGAUUAAGGCCAGGAAGGAAGUCAUCCUUAGCGCGGGUGCGUAUCAAACUCCGCAGCUCUUAAUGCUAUCUGGUAUAGGGGACGCGACACAUUUGAGAGAAGUUGGGAUUACCCCUCGAAUUGAUAUUCCCGCUGUCGGAAGGGGUCUUCAAGAUCACCCCGGCGUACUGUUUGGCCCAUUCAUCCUAAACACAAGUUACACUCCGCCCCUCGUAUCUGGCCCAGACGUUGAGCAGGAAUACGCCCAAAAUGGGACGGUCCCCUUUCAUCCCCAUUAUUUUCAGGGGCGGCUAUCUUCUCGACCAAGGGUGACCCCACGUGGCCGAAUGCCCUCUACCAACUCCUCCCCAGUUUCCGACCCAACUGGCCAGACUACGAUUUGGACGAGCCUGCCGCCCUCAUUCCUUACUCGGUCACUCUGGUCAUCAAUCAUGGCCUCCCGAAGAGUGAAGGGGUCAUCCGUCUGGCUUCCUCCAACCCGGUUAACCCCCCGGAGAUUGACGUCAACUAUCGACGUAGACGAAGAUUUGACCGAUAUGGUGGACAUGUUCAAACUUGCGGUAACUCUGCUGGAAGAGAGUGCCAGCUUUGCCAGGUUCGGAACGAGGCUGUGGGGCGGGAAGAUGGGGCAAUGUGCCAUGUUUGAGGAUCGGUCGGAUGAGUAUUUCCGGUGCUACUUGAGACACUAUGCGAGGACUGGCCACCAUCCAUCAUGCACGGCGAGAAUGGGAAAGGCAGGGGAUGUGCAAAACUCCGUGGUGGAUACGAACCUCAAGGUCCAUGGGGUACUUGGCCUAAGGAUUGCGGACGCUUCGGUAUUUCCGACAAUCACGAAUGCCAAUAUCCACGCGCCUUGUUUCAUGAUUGGGGAAAUGGUGGCGGAUUUUGUGCUUAAAGAAUGGCAAGAAGGGACCACACCCCCAACGGAUCAAACCACUCCCACAAUCGCAACAACUCUUGCCGCCCAUGGCAAGUCAAACAGCCUUGCGGGAUUUCCUAUAGUGGGGGCGGCUUUGGUUUACUUUCCCUUUUUGUUACAAGUAUUUUAAAAUUGUAAACAGAAAAAAUAUGGCAAUGCGCAAUAAAGAAAAUCACAGAAACAACUGGCUCGCAAACGAUUUGGAUGCUGGCAUUGACUUGAAGGAUAACUUGUAGAUACCAACGUUGCAAACAAUGUUAUGCACCAAAAUAUGGAUUAAAUAUUGGCAAAUAAGAUUUCAACACUUGUCGCAUUGUUUGAGUUUUUUAGUUUUUAGGAAUCGUGAAAAUAAGUAAAAU